AUGAAGCCGGCAAAGCCUGAGUCCACGACAAUGGAUAAAGAAACCUUUGUGCCUCCCACCAUGCGAGCGUUGUACUUUUCUCCACCGCCAGCAUCAGAAGAAACGAAGAGCACCACCGCGACAAUCGCCUUCGAUGCUGACUUCCCGACACCACAGCCAUCAUUUAACCAGUAUCUAGUAAAGGUGCAAGCCGCUUCCUUUUCCCUCGAUGAGCUCCAGGCUGCGAGGACUCUCAACCCGACGCUCUCGAUCCCCCAGAUCCCCGUACAUAGCUUCUGCGGCACGGUGAUCAGCACGCCGGUCGAAGACCACCAGAAUCCGUUCGGACCGAGGUUCAAGAUUGGAGAUUCUGUGAUCGGCUUGAAGAACUAUACCCUCGACGGGGCGGCUGCCGAUUAUGUGCUCACGACGGAAGACGAGUUGGCAUUCAAGCCGAGAAACGUCACGGCGAAAGAAGCGGCGAGCAUCCCUCUCCCCGCACUGACUGCAUGGCACGCUCUCUUCGCUUACGCACGACUGAUGGACACUCUCAUCGGCGGCACUCAGACGAAAAGCGGUCUACGCGUCCUGGUGACGAGCGCGUACGACAGUGACGCUGCGAUCGAUGUGAUUCGGAUUCUACGAGCGCCUCGCCACUUACUCAACCCCGGCAUCGCAGCGGACGACGAGACCCCGGUCUGGAUCUGCGCGGUGUGUUCGUCGACAGACCAGGAGCUGUUCCUAACCGACCAGCUGGGCGUUGACAAGGUGAUGGUCUCCGGGUCGAAUCUGGAAGACUCCUUUCGCGCCCAUGGCUGGGAACCCGUUGAUUUGGUGGUGGAUGCGUCUGGAGCAGGUGAAACGUUCCGCCAGAGCCAUUCGCCACACGUAGUCAAAGACGACGGGAUGGUGCUUAGCACUGUCUCGUCGUCUGUGGAUGCGGUGCGCAAUGACCCACGUAUCCAGGAACAAGUGGCCAAGGGGAAGCUGGGCAGCCACUUUGUCGCGGUGCGGCCGGACGGGCUCGCGCUGCAGCGGAUCGUCGCCCUGGUAGAGACGAAUGCACUUCGUGGCCGAGUGGAUAGAGUCAUGGACAUGGUGGACGCGGGACUACGAGAUAUCCUGGGCGGGAGGAGAGAGACUGGGAAGCAGUGUAAGGGGAAGAUGACGGUCAUCCAUGUGGAUACAUCAGAUUAG